AAUAUUUGGGGGCUAAAGCCAAGAACCCUAGAGCCGCCCUUGUUUCAGAUCCUCUUAAAAUCCCUUUCAGCAAUGGGCACAACAAAUAUAAGGGACAUUUUGACUUGUUUGAGUCCCUCUUUGGACUUGUUUGCUGUCAGUUCUGGUGAUGGCCGUAUCAAGAUAUGGGAUACAGUUAAGGGUCAAGUACAGACGGAGUUUGCAGAUAUUGUGUCAACUGAGACAACAGCAAGCUUGUUUACUAAACCAGGAGGUCAUCUUUCUAUGGAUUAUACUUGCAUGAAGUGGUUAUCAUGUGACAGAAAGAAAAAAAGGAAGCUUGGAACUUCACUAUUGGUUUUAGGUACAGGCAGUGGUGAUGUUUUGGCUCUAGAUGUAUCUGCAGGUCAUCUCAAAUGGAGAUUUACUGAUUGCCAUCCUGGCGGUGUCAAUGCCAUCUCAUUCCCUUCACAUGGUUCAUUCAUUUACACGGCUGGUGCUGAUGGACUGGUUUGCAAAAUUGACUCUAUGUCAGGGAACUUACUGCAUAAGUUUAAAGCUUCCACUAAAGCAAUAUCAUCUUUAUCCGUUUCCUCAGAUGGGAAAAUAUUAGCAACAGCAACUUCUCAGUUGAAAAUUUUCAAUUGCUUGGAUGACAAAAAGCUCCAGAAGUUUUCAGGCCACCCUGGGGCUGUUCGAUGUAUGGUUUUCUCUGAAGAUGGGAGACAUGUUCUUUCUUCUGCUGUUGGUGACCGACACAUAGCAGUUUGGAAGUUAGAUGGCAGCAAAAAGAAAUCAGCGUGCUGCUUACUUCCAAUGGAUCACCCUGCUGUCUUUUUGGAUAGUUACUGCAUUAAACCUGGAGUUGAAAAUGAUGCAAGUUUAGGUGUUUUGGCCAUUUCAGAAAUCGGUGUUUGCUACUUUUGGCAUGGAAAGAGUUUUGAGGAAUUGCACAAUUUGAAGCCCACAAAAAUAUGCGCAUCUUUAGAUGAGAAAAUUCUGAAGAAACAUAAAGAAGCCGUGCAUAGUAUUUUUUCAGCAAAAUUGCAAUCUAUUGGCACAUCUGGUUCCGGUCAUAUGUUUGUUGCAUAUGGCUUGUUAAUAAAACCAUCAUUUGAAAAAGUUAUGGUGCAGCCUGGGGCGGAUAUCAGAUUAAAAAGUUCACUUGACGGGAUCCUUCUACCCUUCAGUCAAUCUCGCAAAUCUAAACAAGCAUCUAAAACUCAGAGUCAGGUUACUGCUCUCGAUUGUUCAAAUGCAGAGGGUGCCUUACUUCCUUUGCCUAAGAUUCUUGAUCAGGUUGGUGUCGUGCAUGGAAUUAAGCCCACAGUGAGCAAAGAUGUCAUUGGAAAACAAGGUGAAGAUGAGGUCACAAUUUGCAUGGAGGACCAGUUAAGAUCCAUAGGUAUAAUUAACAGUGACUAUGAUCUCUCGCCUAACUCAAUUCUUGAUCCUAAGAUUUUGAAAGGAAUAAGUGUUGAUGCUAGUAUGCCACCGAAGAAGAUGAAAUCAGCUGUUUUAUCUCUGGAAUCACCUGAUGCUUACAACUUAUUGAGUGCCUUGGUGGCUGCAUGGCAGUCCAGAUCAAGCAUGGGAAGACAUGUUCUUCCAUGGAUAUACUGUAUAUUGGUAAACCACAAUGAAUUUGUUACAUCGCAGGAACCACUGACUCCUCUUCUGGAUUCCUUGAACAAGCUUACCAGGUCAAAGGUGGCAGCCCGGAGCUCUUUAUUGCAGUUAUCUGGUCGUUUGCAGCUCGUAAUGGCACAGAUCGAGAAGGCUGAUAAUAGGAAAAGCCUCACACUAACACUCGAGGGGCGGAUGGAUGAAAGUGAGGAUGAUGAGGUAGAUGAAGUUAUGUAUGGCAUAGAUGAAGAAUCUCAAACAAGCAGUGACGGAGAUGACUAGGACUUUUUGCAGUUUUGGUAAGUGAUGUUGUUUCGUGGACGGGGCAGGUGCUUUUACAAGGGAAUCUCGGGGUCAGUUUUGGUAGGUGUUUGGGCCUUGGGGUCUUAAAUGACAAAGUGCAAGGAGAUAUAAUUAUCUAGUUUUGCAUGGGUAUAGAAUAAAUAUCUCUACUCUCCUUCUCAGAUCCUUCCUCAUUGGUAUGCUUUAAGUUGAUAAAUCUGUUGUUAUGUGAGGUUCUUCCUUAACUGGUUUUGGUGUUAAAAGUUAAAACCUUACCCUCCAUUUGAAUUUGUGAGGUUAGUACUCUAGUCCUCAAUCUAUUGUGUCUAAUUAUCGUUCAUAAUUGUGAGACUAAAGGAAAAAAGCAGUUCAACUGCAUCUCUAUCUGCUCAUGGUGGAUCAUAGCAAAUUUCAGCUGCCUUCAAUUGUCUGAUCCGAAAAGAUGCUACUUCCUACUUGUCUAGUUGCAUCAUUCCCCUGACCUGUCUAGGGAGAUCUUCAUACCUUGUGUAAAUAGGGUAAAUUUCACAAAUGAUCAUAUAACUAUAAUAUUUUUUUUUACUAAAGUCAUAUAACUUUAUUUUCUCACACAAAAGUCGUAAAAUUUUCACUACUUUACUCACAAAGUCAUAGUUACCGGCAAAGACAAUUCUCCAGUAAUUUUUUUCGUAUUCUACCAAUUUUUUAUUUUAAAUUCAGUCUAAUAAAUUAUGACUCAAUUAAAAUAUGACCCGACCCGAUAUCCACAUCCACAAAAUAAACAUCCCCCAAAUUUGGUACUUAGUUCUUUCUCAAGUGUCUUUUAGGGCUCUUAAGCAAGGAUCAGCAAAAUACAUACUACUAUCUCAGUUCUCUUCUCAAGCAACAGUGUUUCGAGGCUCUCAAGCAGCGGUCUUUCAGGGCUCUCAAGCCAAAAAGAUGGCUUCCUCUCCAUCUCAGAGGAGUACUUUAAGGGACAACCACAAUAUUUUUGCUGCACUUAAUGACCACACAAAUGCUUUUGCUGCACUAGGUAUGACUCCAAAAGAGGUAAAAAUUAUUAUUUUUGGUUUGUGUUGCCUUUGUUAGUUUGAAUUUUGGUUGGCGACCCUGAUUAUGGGGUAGAGUUUUCGCUUUAUUUUAGAAUUUUUGUAUAUUGUGACAAUGAGUGUGGGCUAGGGUUUAUCUUUAUUUUAGUGUUAUUUUGUAUAUUUGGAUACUAAUUAUGGGUUAAGAUUUUUUGAUAUUAUCGAUUUUUAUUUUUGUGCUUU